AAACGCCAAAAAUCAUCUUCUAUCUCUUCUCGUGGAAUACUCAUGGCCGCAAUCUGUUCCCAGGUCUCCUCCGUCACCGAUUUCCACCAUACAAAACCGUUGAAACUAGAUGAGGCCGUGGAGACGAAAGACUCUUCGAAGUCCGCUAUACGAUGGGAAACGGGUACUGGAUUUGAUGACGACUCUAGUGAUGACGAAUUUGGUGUUUGCCCUCAAGAAGAUGAAGAACUGGCUGAACUGUGCGACUUUGCUCUUUCUUUUUGUGAGACUCGACAUCUUUGCCCUCAAGAAGAUGAAGAACUGGCUGACUUUGCUCUUUCUCUUUGUGAGACUCAACAUGUCUCUUCCGUCACUGAGUCCGACCAUACAAAAGCGAAACUGAAACUGGAUGAUGGAGAUAAAGAUGAGGCGGAGGAGACGAAAGACACUUUGAAGUCCCCUAAACAAGGGGAGGCGGGUACACGAUAUGAUGAUGACUCUAGUGAUGAUGACUUGAGUGGUCCCGAGCUUUCCUCUCAAGAAGUUGAAGAACUGGUUGAACUGUGUGACUUUGCUCUUUCUCUUUAUGAGACUCAACAUCCAGGGGAGUGUUGGAAGUUUGAGAGCGGUUAUGGAGGGAAACGAUGGCAUACUCUUUUCCAUCAGUAUCUCCUUGAAUUUUUCGGCAAAAAGGCAGAUGGUAGUUCCUUACGAAAUUUUGUGGUGCUUGCCAUUUGUUCUGAUUUUUAUUACGGACGUGACAAAUUCAGAGUAGACCAAUGUGUCUUAGUGAAAGAUGAUGAGGUGGAGCCGAUGGAUGAAAAUAUUAAGGAAAGGGUGAGCAUGGAGAGUGGCCGAAUUUUCCCACUUUCACAUGAAAAGCUGCAGCAACAUAAUGAAAAAUUUGUUGAAUUCUGCAAGUCUGCACUCACCUACUAUGAGGAGCGCCAUGUCGGAGAAGCUUAUGAGUUUGUGGAGAUACAGACGGCAAGGCGGUCUAUCAUUAGAGGCAUUUUUAUAUUUCAUGCGAAAAAGAAGGCCGAUGGUACUCUUACAACCUUUAAAGCUUAUACUCAUCCUCUCGUUCAAGGCAUGGAAAUAGACGUUGUGGGUUCUUUUGAGCAAUAUUUCAGACGGUACUAGGUGUUGACCUACAACACUGCUUUUAAGUAGGCCUUUUUGUAGUAGUUUUUUUUUUUUUGGAGUGUUACUGAUUCUGUUACAAUCUAGUAUCUGUUCAUAGCCUUAAUGUAGUAUCUGCUCAUAGCCUUUUAGUAGUUUAUUGCCUUUUGCUUUAAAUUUUAAUUUAUUCUUAAUAGUCCAUGGUUAUUCUAGUGUUUAUAUUUAA